AUGUCGAACACGUUCGCUUAUGAGACCAGAAAUGGCAACCUCAGCGCUCCACGAGAUUCACUAGAACUGGCUUCACUCGCUUCGUCCUCCCCCGACUCGGUGGGCGGUUCCUCACGAUCAUCAUCCCCCGACGGCAUCUCGUCAUCGCGCAAGCUCUCGCUCGAGGACGAGGAUCCUCUGGCCGGCCCUGCAGGAGAUGGUUUCCUAGAAUCAGGCCAUCAACGGGGUCUCCGGUCGUAUUCGAUUUCCUCCGCAUUCGAUUUUGGUGGCAACCUCUUCCCACUUUCGCAAACACAAGGUGGCUAUGCUCCGUUAGGCACCCCGGCGUUGGAUCGCCAAGGCCAGGAUGGGUCAUUGGAGCGAAAUAAGACUUUAACGUACCUGAAUGGUCUGUCGCUCAUUGUUGGUCUGAUUAUUGGCUCUGGAAUUUUCUCGUCGCCCAGUCAGGUCAACGCCAAUGCUGGGUCUCCGGGCGCCGCACUCAUUGUUUGGGCCGUGGCGGGUGUGCUCGCCUGGACGGGGGCUGCUAGCUAUGCGGAGCUAGGAGGCGCAAUACCAUUGAACGGUGGUGCGCAGGUCUACUUGUCGAAGAUCUUUGGGGACCUCAUGGGCUUCCUCUUCACUUGGUGCGCAGUCUUAGUUCUGAAGCCGGGGUCAGCAGCGAUCAUUGCUAUUAUCUUCGGAGAAUAUGUUGUACGAGGAUUUGUCGGUGCGGAUGUGGUUAUGGGCAACCCGUGGGUCAACAAGGGUGUUGCGCUUGGAGGAUUGGUGCUUGUGACGCUAUUCAACUGCAUCUCGACCAAAAUUGCGACUCGUAUCGGCGAUCUCCUCAUGUUCUUCAAGUUUGUCGCUCUCCUGUUCGUGACCGUGACUGGCAUUGUGGUCGCUAUCACGGGCUUUUCCGCCAAAGGCGAGGCCAAUGAAGAAUGGAAAACACACGGCUGGUUCGAGGGCACCAACACCGAGAUCUCUGAUUUUGCCGUGGCGCUGUAUGCGGGCCUGUGGGCUUUUGAUGGCUGGGAUAAUACCAACUAUGUGACUGGCGAGUUCAAGAACCCGAAUCGGGAUCUACCUCGGGUCAUACAUACCGCGAUGCCAUUGGUCAUUCUCUCUUACCUGAUGGCCAACGUCGCCUAUUUCCUCGUCCUCCCCCAUGCCACCAUUGAAGCCAGCAACACCGUCGCGGUACAGUUUGGUAGUGAAGUGUUCGGUUCCGUUGGAGGACUCGUGCUGGCGCUCGUUGUGUCAGCCAGUUGUUUCGGUGCCCUCAAUGCAACCACCUUCACCAGUGGUCGACUGGUCUAUGCAGCCGGCAAGGAAGGCUAUCUUCCCUCGAUCUUUGGUCGCAUUGGCUUCUCCAGCUCCGCUUCGCAGGGACCUCCUGCUGGCAGCCGUCUUCGCAGCCGCUCCUGGGCCCGCAAGUCGAUUUCCCGUGUCCUGGGCGAUGAUGCGCGACUCGGCUACACCCCCAUCAAUGCCAUGGCCUUCAAUGCGGUCUUGACUGGAAUCUACAUUGUCGUGGGCGAGUUCGGUACCCUAGUCACCUUCUAUGGGGUUGCCGGAUAUACAUUUUAUUUCCUGACUGUGUUGGGCCUGAUCGUGCUGCGCAUUCGGGAACCGCAUCUGGAGCGCCCUUACCGUACCUGGAUCACCACGCCCCUGAUUUUCUGCUGUGUGAGUCUGUUCCUCCUCAGCCGUGCCGUCAUUGCCGAGCCUCUUCAAACUCUCAUCGUGGUGGGAUUCAUCCUCACUGGUAUCCCGGUCUACUAUUGGCGCAUCUACCAGCGGGAUGGACGAACUGGGAUCUCAUGGAAGUUUUGGACAUGGCGCUCUCGGUAA